ACGCUAUUCACCCCCCCUCUAGCGUUGGGCCUUUAUUCUAACAAUUGGUAUCAGAGCCAUACUCUAUGAAAGACUCAACCGUUUGAGAGAAACGAUCAAUGGCUUCUACUCAAAGUUCAUACGCAGGUUUAGGUGUAGGGCAAGCCACCACGAGGCCUCCGUUGUUUGACGGAACAAACUACACCUAUUGGAAGGAGCGAAUGAGGAUUUACAUCCAAUCCACCAACUUUCUCCUUUGGAGAAUUAUCAAAAAUGGUGAAGACGUGCCAAUGAAGAAGGUCGGGGAAACCAACGUCCCUAAGACCGAGAAUGAAUAUGAUGCACAAGACAUCAAGAAAGUGGAAAACAAUGCCAAGGCCAUCAACAUCAUCUAUUGUGCUGUUAACCCGGAUGACUACCGGAAGAUUUCUUGUUGCACCACCGCGAAGGAAAUGUGGGACAAACUAGAAAUCACCUACGAAGGUACGGAUCAAGUCCGAGAAGCUAAAAUUGAUUUUCUAACCCAUGAAUAUGAAUUGUUUCGUAUGAAGGAAAACGAGAAAAUUGAUGAGAUGUUUGAACGAUUCUCCAAAAUCGUCAAUGAUCUUCAUGCUCUCAAGAAGACGUAUACGGACAAGGAGCUUGUGAGAAAAAUCCUGCGAAGUCUCACACCGGAGUGGCGCUCCAAAGCCGAUGCCAUCCAAGAGUCCAUCGGCAUCACCAACGUCACCAUUGACGGGCUUAGAGGUAACCUCAAAACCUAUGAGUCCACCAUUCUAUUCCCUUCUUUAGGUGAACAAAAGAAGGGGAUUGCACUCAAGGCUACCUCAAGUCAAGAACCCGCCAUGGAGGAAUCAAGCGAUGAGGACAACGAGUUCGGGCUCGUCAUCAAAAAGUUCCACAAGUUCAUGCGAAAAGAUAAGGCUUAUAGAGUCUUCAAAAAACGCACCUUAACCGUUGAGGAAUCUCCUCAUGUUGUCUUUGCCGAAAAUGAUGCUCGCUUGGCGAGAAAGGUUUCUUGUGAUGAUCUUGUAGAUUCGUUGGAGAACAUCUAUCUCAACGACAAUGACGAAGGAGACAACUCAAAGGAAAGCCAAGAUGAAGAAGUAGAGCCACCCGUAAACGAGGAACAACCACAAGAGGAGGAAACGCCAAUGCUAAGGGCAUGGAGGACUUCAAAGAACCAUCCUCUUGACAAGGUAAUCAGUGACAUCAACCGAAAGAAGUUUAAGGCACCUUCGGCGCAAACUCCAAAAAUCGAUUUACCAAAACAUGGCAAUCGACUUUUGAAGACUGCAGGAGGUCAACGAAAGAGAUCCCGCACCGGCAAGAACGUGGCUUCUUCCUUGGCUCCUCCACCAUCGACGCACAAGUACCUCGACGGGUCGUUCCUUUGGUUCAACGACCGCGCAGAGGCUACGAGGUUCUCGGAGAAGUUUGAGCACCGGGAAAUUCUCCCUCCCCCGUUCUCCACUGCACGCUUCAUUCACGAUUCCAUUCCACGGGAGGCACGGGUCAUCCUCCAAGAAGGAAACUUCCUCGACCUACUCUACAUCAAGAAGAACGACUAUCAACCUUUUCUUGUUCGAGCCUUCUACUCGAACUUGAAAAAGGAUGAGGACGGAUCGUUGAUUUCAAAUUUCAACGGUGUGGAGAUUUAUUUGAAUGAGGAGAACAUUCAUAUCCUCACCGGGCUUCGUCGGGACGGACAGGAUCUCAGCCUCUAUGUCGGAGAAGAAGGAGCGCGGUUGAACGAGACCGCACUCUUGGUGGAAGUUGGUAUCCGAAACUUCAUCCCCACUCCCCAGCAGCGGCGCCCUACGAUUGCUUCCAUGAGUCCCGUGUUUCGAUUCAAUUUUUAUGUUUUGACACGGAUUCUCAAACCUAGGAAGUUCAAUCACACCACUCUCUCCCAAGAGGACACGAAGACGCUCCAUGCGAUAAUUCACAACGCCAACAUCAAUUGGUGUAAAUUUGUGAUGACUCACAUGUUUAGCGCCACCUCCGACGAUCGGCCGCUCCCCUACGCCCUCCUCGUCAUGGCGAUUCUUGAAGAGUAUAACAUCAAAACCGAUGUUGGGCCAAAGAUAAAGGGGACAAAGCAUUGGGAGAUUGAUGAAUCCUCUUUCCACUCGGGCACCGACGAGACUCCGUUUCGACAGCCUCGUCCUCGCCGCCAAACAAGGGCCACCGCUUCGACCAACCCUUCUCUUGCCGAGAAAAUGGCAGCCUUGACCGCCACUCUCUCUCGGAUUGACACCAACGUCUCCCAAACGGCCCAAAAUGUAAAUAUUUUGAGCCGAGAGCUUCACGGGUACUUUGACUUUGUCAAUUACCCUUACGCUCAAAUGGUCCCCUACGCUCCUCCACCGAAUGUCGAGGGUGCACCAAGCGGGACUAAUAACGUUGGGGGAGAUGAAGAGGUGGACGAUGAGGAAGAGGAAGAAGAUGAGGAAGAAGAAGACGAAGAUGAUGAUGAUGAUGAUGGCAGUGGUGAUGAAGACGAAGACGAAGACAUUGACGAAGAACAGCUUCUCAAUGAUCUUUCACCGGACUUCUAGAGCUCUAGCUCUAUUCCCUUCUCUUCUUUAUUCUUUUUAUGCUUUUUAAAUUUGCUUCCGUUAUGUACCCUGAUAUUUCCCUUAAAUGAUAAAUAAAAAUCUUUAUGGUUU